CGCGCCGGCCGAGCGAUGCGUUCUGCAGCUCAGCUGAGCGAGCCUGUGCCGGGCCGCGGAGCGAGGGGAUUCCCCAGCAUGUCUUCACUAACAGAGAAGGACAGACCAAUUGUUCAGCUCUUACUCAAGGCUGGCACCUGCCCACGAUGCAUUUUGAGGUUCUGCUGUGUGGGAUCACAGACCCUUUACAGACAUCCAGACAAGGAUUUGAUGAAGGAUUUACAAGACUUCUUGAAAAAGACUCGAGGAGAAGAAGACACAGUUUGUUUGGACGUGGCUGACCCCCCUUGCAAGAGGAUCAGACUCGAAGCCGCCGCCGAAGGUCCUGAGGAUCCGAACCCCAACGGAGCCCUCCCGCAGAUUCCUGCGGUGACCGACGGGAACGCUGCGGUGGAGAGCUCUGCUGGGAGGGUUUGCAACGUGUGCUUGGGAAUUCUUCAGGAGUUCUGCGAACCUGACUUCGUUAAAAAGGUGUGCCAAAAAGUGAAUUCUGCUGACUACCAGUUCACUAGUUUUGUGUUUUCUGUGUCACUCCCUCCUCAGCUCUCUGUUAGGGAGAGAGCUGCUUGGCUGGGGGUGAAGCAGGAGAUGAGGAAUCUGGGCCUUUCCUUGGCAAAGGAUGACGUUGUCCAGCUGAAGGAAGCUUAUAAGUGGAUUAUCCACCCCCAGUUGGCAGAAGAGUUGGGUGUUCCUGCUGAUGGAAAGAGUUUGUUUGAAGUCAGCGUGGUCUUUGCUCACCCAGAAACCGACGAGGAGUGCCGUUUCCUAGCCACAGCCUGUCCAGACUGUUUCAAACCAGCAAAGAACAAACAGUCUGUUUUCACCAGAAUGGCAGUUAUGAAAGCCUUAGAGAAGAUAAAAGAAGAGGAUUUUCUCAAGCAUUUUCCGUGUCCCCCAAGUUCACCAAAGAACCUGUGUGAUGCUCUGGACAUUCAGUGCAACAACGGGGCAGUUUUUGUGGCUGGAAGGUACAACAAAUAUUCCAGGAAUUUACCUCAGACCCCCUGGAUUAUUGAUGGGGAGAGGAAGCUGGAAUCUUCAGUGGAAGAGCUGAUUUCGGAGCAUCUCAUGGCUGAAUUCAAAGCAGACAGCUUUAAUUUUUCUUCCUCUGGAAGAGAAGAUGUGGAUGUGAGGACACUAGGAAAUGGAAGGCCCUUUGCAAUCGAGCUGGUGAAUCCUCGUCGGAUCCACUUCACCGCCGAGGAAAUGAAGAGGCUUCAGCAGGCAAUUAAUAACUCUUCAGACAAAAUCCAGGUUCGAGAUUUACAGCUUGUCACCAGAGAGGCAAUUGGUCGUAUGAAGGAAGGUGAAGAGGAGAAGACAAAGACCUACAGUGCCUUAAUAUGGACAGACAGAGCAAUCCAGAGGGAAGAUAUCGCGCUCCUGGAUGAUAUCAAGGAGUUAAAACUGGACCAGAAGACACCGCUCCGUGUUCUCCACCGGCGGCCUCUGGCCGUGCGCUGCCGGGUCAUCCACACCAUGAGCUCCGAGUACAUCGACGAGCACCAUUUCCGCCUGCACCUCAAGACUCAAGCAGGGACCUACAUUAAAGAAUUUGUGCACGGGGACUUCGGAAGGACAAAGCCCAAUAUUGGGUCCCUCCUGAACAGAACUGCUGACAUUCUGGAGCUGGACGUGGAAUCUGUCGACGUCGACUGGCCCCCGACCCUGGAUAACUGAGUUCCCAAGCUGGGAUGAGGAAGCAGCAGCUCCUGACCAAACACUGUGCAGUGUUACAGCCCGGGUGCAAAGGGUUUUCAUGGAGCACUUGGAUCAUGUUGAUCUGCCAAAGGAUACCCUGACUUUCAGUUCUACUUUAAACACUCUGGACCAGGUAGUGUUGGUUCAGUCUCUGGCCUUACAAUAAUUUCUUUCUGUGCAUAAAAGGAUUUUGGGAAGCCAGGGCGUUCCUGAUAAAUUAUAGUUCAAGGUAACCCUCCCUCAAGCCAGAUUUCUUUUAAAACUCUUUUUAUAUUGGAUGCUACAGCUUUCCUUGUCUGGGGGCAGGUAGCACUGAGUUACCUGAAAUCCCAACUCUUUCUGAGCACUGUUCCUGCAGGAAAUCCCAAAAGCCAGGGGAUAGUGCUGGAGCAAGUCUCCCUGCUGGCUACUUUUUGGUCAGGGUUAGUUUUAGGGAUGGGCAAAUUUGUCUCACAAAGGGCAAAAGCAUUUUUCAGAGGAAACCUUUGCACUUAAAACCAAGUUUUUCUCACUUAAAAACAUCGGCGGCGCUUCCUAGAAACAACAGUUGGGGCCUCCUGAGCUCUCCAGCCUGGCCACAGUCCUCUCCAGGAGCAGGAAUUCCCCAGUGAGUCACCACAUAUAAAAAGAUUGGGAACUCCUGGCAGUGGUGCAUGACGGGGAUCUGAAGAAAAACAGGAAUACCAAGAAUCAAAAAAAGGGCAGGCGGACA